AUGGCAUGCAACGUUGCAACCGGGUGCGAACUGGAGAGAACGGCGUCCUGGCUGAUUCUUUCUGGAGACUUCUCUUCCCAAGCUGCUUCCGCGACACUUUCGAAGAGGAUUGGUUUCGAUGUCACAAAGGCUCUUUACAAUAAUAAGCUUCUUCCAAAAAUGGCUUUGGCAAUUCAAAGCGGUCCGACACGUGUCUACGAUAGAGGCAGACUCUUCACUUUCCUGCCACUACCGAUCUCGACUGCUUUCCCUCUCCAUGUGCACGGAUUAUUCUCUUUGACACAAUCAAGACAGAACCUUCGGAACGUGGGGGAGAAAAAAGGGGUGGCAGAGGGUUCGAACGACCACGUCUUGUUGGAAUGGAACAACCUCAUGUUCAACUUCUACCUCCCCAAACUUUGGACUCGCUUGUUCCAAGUCUUGUCUGAUUGUAAUACUUCGCCAAGUCUGGUUCUUCAAGCGUGGCCAAAUCUUCAGCCAGACGUCAAAUGCGGUGACAGUCUCAACUGGAAAGAUUUACCACGUAAACUGGCGGACGAGGUUGUGCUAGGCAAUUGUAGCGUUUGGCCGGUUGCGGACAGUCGCGGGGUUGUGAAUCAUCUUUCUCUGAAGGAAGUAUUUCUACUCUCCGAGAAUGCAAAGCCCCUUUCUCCAAUGCUCCCCAUCCUGGCUACAUCAGGAAUCAACGUGUCGAAGAUUCCAGCACACCUUUAUGAUCUUUUGUCGGUGUUACACAGAGAACAUGCCCAUAUAUCCUUUCUGGAGCCUUGUUCCCUUGCGCGACGCCUCAGAGUAUGUGUUCCAGCUCGUAUAAUGAUUUUUGACGAUACUAACUGUCGUGAUGCUGUGAUGCAGGAGUACCCUCACAAAUUGACGUCUCUAUCAUCCCCAGAUAAAGUCUCCUUACUGGAAUACCUGUUAUCCGGUAAUCAACUCCAGAACAUCGAAGGGCUGCCACUCGUCCCUCUCCCCGGCAACCAAUAUGCAACUCUUAGCCUAUGCAGUUCAUUCCAGUCUAAACGUACGCUCCUCUCAGAAGCCGACUUCGAAGUUUUUAAAUCGUUGGACGGGGAUGCGAUUGCUCUUCACAUACUCCCCGAAAGCGUCGCACGACUGCUGCAAGCGGAAGGCCCAAAGCAGCUCAAUGUCCAGUCUCUCGAUAAUGCUCGAGUAGUCCACUAUCUUGGCUCUUCGCAGGCGCUGCGUCCAUGUGCGUGGAUUGUUCAAUUCUGGUCCUGGGUGACGAGAUAUUGGAAGGACCGGGAUGGGUUGUUUGUUUGUGUCCAGAGAUCCAACCUCCAAAUUAUCCCUUGUACCGACAGUAUCAUGAGACGGACGUCCGACAUUGUCUUCCAAUCCCCUGGUAAUCCAAAAUUGGAGGUUGCAUUCCGAAAGCUCAACAUUUCCUUUGUUUCUCGUGAAUUACCAAGUUCAGUGAUGGACUUUCUCAUUGAGAAAGGGUGUCUCAAGGAUCUUCACAAUGUGGAGACUCUGCUCGAUAAUGUUAGGGCCCCACUCAGUCUCGAUUUGAAGGAGUCGGCAACGGUCUUGGAGCAUUUCCUUGAGCGACCGUACCUCCGACUGUCUACUAAACAUCUUUCGAAACUCUAUCGGCUCCCAAUAUUUCCUUUACUCAAACCUCUGAGGUCCGGUAUCGUUCGCGUGGUCAGUGGGCUUUCUGAUGAAGUAAAAGGCAUAAAGAAGGAGUCUACUCUUGUUGUUAUCAACAAUAGCUUGUUACCACCCGUAACGAAUGUUUCUUUUCUUGAUUUGUCGCCUCCAAACGACAACCUUCUGCUACUUCUUAGUCCACUCCGGCAACCGCUCACAGUAUCCGACCUCCUGAAGCUGUCGCUAGAUAACUUUCAAUCUCAGCCGGUCCAUUUUCAAAGUGCCAUGGUCAGGUAUAUGGCAAACAACGUUCGUUCUAUCUCGCCAGACACCAUCGAUCGUCUGAAAAACAUCGCAUUCCUACCCAAUAGGGCUGGCAUUCUACGAGCCCCAGCAGACCUCAUCGAUCCAUCUUCGCCAAUUGCGAAGUUAUACCUGCCUGAGCCGGAUUCAGAAUGGUUACCAAGCAAGUCACGCAACGAUGGCCCUCUGGUAGAUGAAAUCAUCAAUUUGGGUCUUCUACAGAAAACGCUCUCGACAAGGGUCGUGGAUGAACGCAUCAAAUACAUUACUUCGACCAACGAUAAUGCAAUCCUUGCGCGUUCCCUCUUGGACUUGAUAAAAUCUGAGAACUUCGAUUGUUCUUGUGUCCAUAUUGACCCAGAGGCGAAGUGGUUACCAGGUGAUUCUGGACUCAGUAGUACCAAUCGUUCUCGCGACCCUGCGAUGUACGCAUUGGGAAGGGAACUGUUCGACGAAGUGUUGGAUGUUGUAGAGUUCGUCCCUCGCCGUCUUCGUGAGCGUGUUGGUUGGGGCUCCCCUAUACCGUUCUCCAUUCUUUUACAGCAGUUUGAGCGCAUAGUAUUAGGUCGGAAUGCAAACAAGAUCGGGAUCGUGAUAAAGGAAUUCAGCUCCCGAUUGCUCAAAGCAUGGGAGUUCGACAAACUCAAGAAUGUUGUUGGAGACGAACCAUGGAUUCCGAUAUCGGGAAGAAGGGCAGACGAAUUGUUCUUGGUACCGACCUCUCGAGCAGUUUUAGGUACUUCACGAGGUGACUCUCCGCCCUUUGGUUUCCAUGAGUUACCAUCAGAUCCCUCUCGCCAAAAAUUCUUCCGUGCUAUGGGGUGUCUCGAAAGACCGUCGCCUACGGCUUUGAUAUCAUCUCUUCAUGAUCUCGCGAAGCAGGGAAUAGACUACCAGAGCAAGUUGCAGAAGAUUGCUACUCUGCUGGAAGCUCUAGCCGAUGAAAAACUUUCCGAUGAAGAACGGGCCAAAGUCCUGGUGCCUGAUUCUAUUGGCACACUCCAUCCCAUUCACAGAAUUGUGUACAAGGACAUCUCGUGUCCAGUUUUGCUACCCCCGGACUUGCGUCUUGCUCAUAGCAGUAUUCAGCUUGACCUUGCCAAAAAACUUCAAAUCUCAUUUUUAGGCCACCGUCAAUUAGGGCAUAUUCAGAACCUAGCCGAUUCAGGAAUGGAGGAGACGUUCAAGACCAAGAUACGCAAGACACUUAGACAUUACACCGAUCAGCAGCUCUUGACCGAGAUGUUAGCAAAUGCCUUGGAUGCCGGCGCUUCAAAAUUUACCGUUCUGGUAGACGAAUUUCAACCCCCUCGUCCAGAACUUUCCCUUCUCUCCCAUUCCAUGGCACAGUUCUAUUCAGGUCCCUCUCUAGUGGUCUACAACAAUGCUGUGUUCAAGGACGAGGACUUCAACAACGUGAUCAAUGGGAUUGGCGGGAAACAUGACCGUACUGACACCAUCGGACAGUUUGCGUUAGGAGCACUAACCAUGUUUCAUGUUACUGAUAUGCCUAUGGUUAUUUCGGGCGAUAAAAUAUUAUUUCUGGAUUCCUCGGACCCAGAUGAAAGACAUUUGUCGAUGUUAGGGAACGGUCCUGCCACCAUUCUUGAUUGGCGUCGCGUAGCAAGUACCUACCCCGACCAUUUUGCUUCCCUCGAAGGGUUGUUUGGUUUCUCAACUGAAUUCGAUAGAUAUAACGCUACAUUGUUCAGGCUUCCUCUCAAAAAAUCCCUCACUUCUAGUGGGGUGAUGAGGGAUUUAAUCAAACCAUUCCAAGAUCGCGUAGAGCAAUGCGUUUUGUUUACGGGUAUCAAGUCAAUCGAAGUUCUCCAUCGUCGUGAUGGGGACCCGCAAAUCUGCUUUGCAGUUGUAGCCGGUCGUCAAAUCGAUCACGAUGAUGGAAACUUCGUUUCUCAACAGCUUACUGUAUCGACUAAAAUAAAAUUCCGCGAAGGCGGAUUUGGGUCGCGCGAAGACAGGUGGAGAGUUGUGUUAGGGAAUGAUCUCGAGCCGUUACCGGAGCGAUAUAAUUCUAUGCACCAGACACACCGAAUCCGUUCGCCGAUCCUCAUCGGACUGGCUGCCCAUGUCGCAGAGAGUCCAAAGCAUCCGAAGAAUACAAAAGAGUCAUUGCGAAUCAAGUCGUUGUUCUACUCCUUACCGUUGCCCGUGUCGACGACCCUCCCCGUUCAUCUGACGGCACCGUUUAUUCUCUCGGAAGACAGGCGCAAUAUACGAUUCGAGUCGAAUUAUAACAAGCAGGAAGCCAGUUACAAUCAGUGGCUAUUGUCUGAACUAGUUCCACCUCUCUACUUCUUCCUUCUGGAAGAACUGACCUUGCGAUACCGUGAUCCGAAUGCCGUCAAUGCUACCUGGUGGCCAGGCCAGUCCGAUGAUAAUAAGGACCCUAUUGCCGACAUGGUGACCGGAUCGUUCUUUGCCAAACUUCCGUCGACGACGCGGCGCAUUUUCAUGACCAGUGGACCUUCGCCUAAAACUUUGACUCCUCAGGAAGCCAUCGUAUCUGGAAGAGAACCUUCUGUUGUCACGGAACUUUUAUCGAAACUGGAGACCCCCGACCUAGUCAAGUUCGAUAGUAAAGCCGACUCUCACCUGCUCUACCGCUUGUGCACUGUCCUACAAACGGUUGACGGAGGUUUGCUGAGGAGUGAAAUCUUACGCGCCACUCCAACCUUCAUUUUGUGGUAUGAUUCCAGAAGGAGCUCGGCAAGGAAGAUUUCUUGUUUAGAAACCUUAACCCGUUUCAUAAGUUCAUCCACAACAACAAAAACAGAUUUUCCAUCGUUAUUGAAAGAUCUUCCCUUGAUUCCUCUCUUAGAUGGAACGCUGGGAUGUUUUGGGGACUGUUCGACCUCUCAGCGCAAGUACUAUUACUCUUUUGAUCCCAGUUGUUCUCGCAUUCUACCAGCAAACCGACUUGUGGAUCCGGAUUUCAAUCUUUGCGUUCAACUUUCGCAAAAAGGCUUAAAUGUUCUGGAGCUGGAACCCAAGGCUGUGCGCGAUCUAUUGCACGGUCGGAUUCCAGAACACGAAGAGGGGAAGUGCAGCGUUACGGUGGCAGAGGCCAGCUUGAUUCGUAUUUUCUGGGAGGUAUACAACGAACUUCCCAAAGAUACGAUAAAGGAACUCACCUCCUUCUCUUUAUUGCCAAUUACGGGAGGUUUUUAUCUUUCCAUUGCCUAUACUCGUCAUCCCUCUGUGAUAUUCGCGGCACCGGGAGAUGAAACUUGGCUUCUUGAGUGCGCCACCGUGCUUGGUGCGUUGGUGAUCAAGCGAGAGGACAUCAAGGCCUUGCCCUAUGAUUAUAUCCCGGAAAAGGGACCGCUGUUCCGAGCUCUUUGGGCCUUCUUCCAGCAAUCCAACCUCUCUACACUCCACUUCAAAUUUGUGACGCUGGACCCUCACCUGUGGUCGAGAUUCGCGGAAUGGUGCAGAAGGUGUCUCCGAGAUGAUUACCAUGACGUAUAUAAGCGGGAUAAAUCUUCUUGGUCGAUAGUCAAGAAUCUCCCCAUCUGGGAAGUUCAUACACCGACGACUAUAACGUUGGAUUCCGUCGUCGGAGUCUCGAUGUUAUCUUCCACAAUCCACUCUACGCCGGAGAUAAUCAAUUUCAUGCGCAAUUUCAUGAACGUCAAAUUUACACCCUUUUCCGGAGUCCUGCGGAGGAUGGAGCACUCUGAGGUCGAUCGCGAUAAUCUCCUCAGUCGCUUACAGUUACCACACAUAUUAAAUCCUGGAGACAUUGAGCCGUAUAAAUCUCUUCUUAGACUGGUGUUGCAAGGUAAUUAUUCAGGGCUGAUUCUUCUCCCAAAUGAUGAAAAUCGUGUAAUGACGGCGACGGCUUUCUUGUGUGCCCAUGAUCCCCUUUUUCUGGCGGCAUUCCCCGACGACCGUUUUUGUCAUGAGCAGUUCAAGGAAUUCGAGAGUCGCCUUCAGAAGCAUGGGCUGAAAGUAAGACAGGAUCUCAGUGUGUCUUUAUUCACCGAAUGUGCGCAAGCUUUUCAUGCCAACCUUCGGAACGAUCCCGGUACGAGAAUGGAUCGUGCACACACUUUGUUUCGAACUUUCUGUGAAGAUCUGCCCCUCCACGCGGGUUCUCGACCGCUUUGGGGAGGCCUGGAUUCUCUACGCUUCAUCCCGUCCGCGAAUGAAAGAGGGCAGCGAAGUAGGUGGAGGAACCGCAUUACACAACAUCCCACCAUUGCUUCGCCCAGGGAAGUUAUUCGUGAUGACUUGGCAGGAAUUGCUUGGUCGCAAAGAGCCUUUUUCGCGACAUCGCCGCAUCAGCGCAUUCUUCUUGCACAUCCCAACUUAGGAGUACCAACUGUCUCCGAAGUCGUCGCACACUUGCAAAUUCUGGCUGGCUGUGGGGCAACGUGCAGUUCGGAUACAGAACUACUUCAGGACCUCACAGAAACUUAUAGGUGGUUGGAUCAGCAUUCCGACGAGGCAGAAGUGUCAAUGAUAAACCACCAUGACCGUCCUCUAUUCCUAAAUGUGGAUGACCCUGAAAUGGAUAUCUGGACCGGUAAUUGGAUCGAAGCAGACCGUCUUUUCUUCAAUCUUCGCUGUGACACGGGGACUAUACGCAGGGUCCGCCGCUUCCUUUCCGAUUUCCCCUCUCUUCUACGUGGAUCUGGCGUGAAGGAAUUACAGGAUGUACAGGCCCCAAAUAUCAGUUCCUCGACAAACGAGACUAUCUUGGAAAGGCAGAGGAAUCGGUUCGAAGAGAUGCGAACAAAGAAUGAAUUAGUGGACAUCAAGUUUGUAUCCAGCGACACGGAUGAGUUUUGGGCUCAUCGCUCUUUCUUGGCCGCCGCCAGCGAUCACUUCCGAUUAUCGUUUUGCACUUCAGGAAUGGAGGAGUCGAGACCUGCAUCUACAAGUGACCCUGUCGUAGUGUUGAUGACUGCUUACAACGCUGAAACUGUGAAAUCGGUGCUCGAUUACAUUUACACCGGUGCCCUGCCUGAAGUCACUCGUUCGGAUGGUAUGGAUGCGGAUGCGGAUACCGAAGGAGACGCUCUAGGGCGUUGGUUCAGCAUCAUAAAUCUGGCUCAGCUUUGGGAAGUCUGGGAUCUGUUUGAAGACGUGCAGAAGCAGAUGAUCGAGGAAUGGAUGAUCAAUCCAUAUACUGUUGACGAAAUUCAAAAACAUGCAAUGGAGCUAAAUGCGAAUCACCUCGUAAGCGCAUGUGAAGAAUACGUUCGGAGUAACAAGGAGGCUCUGCGUAACCUCCCCGGAUUAGAUAACUAG